CCAUAAUGCAUCAAUAUGGCAACAUGAGUAUAUGCAUUGAGCCUGUUGAGCACGUCCCGUCCGGUUGCGGCGAGAAUGAUUGAUAGCAUCACUUAUAUAAAGGUCUGGAAAGGCUGUUGCAGAGGAAGGAUUGCACUAGGCGCUUGGGUUGAGACAAGGUGGUGAGUUAUCAGCACAUGCAUAGCCGCAGCCGGCCUUGUUCUCAAAUGAGUGGUAUCUCACUCGAAUAGCCUAGUGCAAUGAUGAUUGAUAUUAAAGUCCAAGACCCAGAUGAGAGGGAUGUAGCAUAGCUUGCAGUGAAAAAUGCUGUCAUUUCACAUAUUCUUGAUUGAAAUUUUGAACUGGGUUUCAGGGAGCGGGAAUCGACCAUGCUGGGAUGCGAGUAGCCAGUUGAAAACCACCGGGUCGCGAAUGAGUAGCAUUGGAAGGGGAAAGAGGCUUGAGAGCCCUUAUUAUGCUGAGCGUUGAUUUGUUCCCAUCUACAUUCUGACCAACUACCUGGCGAAUCCGUUGCCGCUUGGAUUUGACUCUGACUUUUGGGAAUAAACAUUUGGCAGCCACUGCACUCUUUAGGAUUCGUGAAAGUACUGAGGCAGAGCACCCUGCGUGAACUUCUGCGACUAACGGAGCUGCCAUUUAUCUGGUAAAUGGAAGCUGCAAAAUGAAACCUUGCGAACAUUGAGUUGUGCGCUUCAUAUAUCUGGAAAUCAGUAGAUGUGCAGAGUUGGAGCCAGGAAAGUGACAGCACCCAAGGUUUUUCUGUAUGACUUAUACCAGAGUAGGAGAUUUGAAAGUCUUCGAAUGCGGGAACCCUUGUUCUCUUGAGUCGCCGAGUGGAAGCUCCGAGUGGCAUUUCAGAUGGCUGCUUGACGAAAUGUCUCAUGGGACAUGUGUACACCGUAGAUAUCAAAUCGAGACACCCGUUGUAGAGACGAAAGAAUGAGUCAUCAUAGGCAUAGUAGUCAACUCCGCCAGAUUGAGUAGAUCGUGGUAUCUACCUGGAUAGUCUCCUCUGUAGAGUUCAGUAGUCCAUCAACCAGGCGGAAGAGAUAUAGAUAGCAAAAAGCCGACUUUGCGAUAUCGAGCGGAGUGAAAUGCACGGAGCAGAAAAGCAGACGAAGUAGAAGGAGAAACAAGUGUAAAUGAGGGAUUUGUUCGCCGGAAUCAGUUGGGAGGGGGGCAUUCCGCGGCUGAGACUGUCACUACACCUGAGUCCUGCUCUCCUUCCACUUCUGCCAUCUGCAUCCUCCUCUCUCCUCUUCCCCUUCCAUCCAACCCCCAAACCGAACCCCCUUCCCCUUUUGUCUCUUUUUGGUACCUUUUUUGUCACUUGGACAGCUGCUCGUGUUAUCUGCAAAAUGAUCUCCGGCUUAUAGGGCGUUCCCAGCGUUCCUCCUGAUAAGCGGAUUAUUUCUCUCUCCAGCUCUCCAUCGGCAGGCUAGUUUCUGACGAACAGAGCCCCCGUAGUUUAAUCACUCCUCUACGAAACCCUGGACCCCCGGACAGCUCAGCCUUUCCAGCCGUUAUCAUUUUGACUGAAGAUACAGCACUCGCCGCAAGCCUCAUCCUGCACACCGCGCUAUGGAUGGCGGACUAGGAUUGUCCGGCGCGUCUCCCGCAACUCCCGCAACCAUCUCGGACCUCGUGAAGAAGCCCCUUGACGCCACAAUGGCUUUCGAAUACACCGAGCAACUUCUCACACCCGAGAACAGCCGCUCGGAAACCUCUAGCAACAAUGAAAACGCGUCCAAUAAAAAAAAAAAAAAACAACAACAAAGAUCUACACGUGUGACACGCGCUUCGCUGCGGGGAACGGCACGCCUGGAUAUCGACGCGGAGAUGGGCGAUCAUGGUUCACCAUUUAUUGCCGAGAAAAUUGAGCAUACGAUUCUCGUCGAGGGUCUGGACAAUGGCGCUGCGCCGCUGGGAAAGAAACCUCGCUCCUCCCAACUUCGUCAUAGCAUCGCGAUCAUGGAGUCGGCUCUGCAAACUGAAACGAGUCUUGUGCAGGACCCUAUGGAUCCCCGCGACCACCCGAUGGCUCCAGAUACUCCGGUCUCGAAGUCAUCUCACGAAUUACAGCCGGAGGACGUGCCUGGCGCUUUGCUACCCCGGACCCUACGUAAACGCGUGGAGCAGGCAUUAGCCCGGGACAAGAGUCACAACAGGCCAAGAGAAAGCUCUACAGCUACCAAACCAGACAACCAGAUACCUAUCAGGCGCUCCUCGCGCCUGAGCAUAUUGGGGAAGAUCUCUGAUCUCGCUGGGCGCGCAUCUACUGUGUUGGGAAAACGGAGCGCCACGAUGGAACCAGACAGAAGGUCCAGUCUUAGACCUCGUCAACUUGCUGCUCCAAAAGAGGACUCUGAAUCCACCGAGCAGCCGCCGACUAAGAAACGACGUGUAGCAGACAGUGAACCUCCUACCAAAGAUCGAUCAGGGUUGGAGACUGCGCAGGAAGCACCUGCGCCUUCUGAAGCUAUCGCUCGGUUCAAGGCGAAGCGCUGGUUGACUCAUGGUCUUUACUCGGGGCAAGAAUAUACAAACUCUCGACCAAGCCAAAACAGAACAAAAACCGCGAGGAGAAAAAGUCUCAACCAAAACCAGCCCAACCCCCAAAGGAGGUUUCUGCCGCUGCCGAUGUUUGCCGGCGAGAGACUACUGCAAACGGGGAGAGAUUUUGAGCUCCCUUUUGAUAUCUACUCCCCUCUUCCUCCAGGCCAGCCAAAGCCCAACGAAUGGAGAAAAACAAACAAAAACGUCUUUGUCGGCGAAGCCAGCAGCAUUUGGCGAGCGACCAAGGAAGAGGAGCUGUCCAAGUGUACUUGCAUACCAGAGACCGGCUGUGACCAAGAUUGCCAGAAUCGCUACAUGUUCUAUGAGUGUGACAACAGCAUCUGUGGGCUUGGCCCUGAAUGCGGCAAUCGAAACUUUGAAGAGCUCAAACAGCGAGCCAAGGCUGGGGGCAAGUAUAAUGUUGGAGUUGAGGUGAUUAAGACUGCAGACCGCGGCUACGGUGUUCGCAGUAACCGAACGUUCGAACCAAACCAGAUCAUUGUGGAAUAUACGGGAGAGAUCAUAACCCAAGCGGAAUGCGAGAAACGCAUGCGCACUAUUUACAAAAAGAACGAGUGCUAUUACUUGAUGUACUUUGACCAAAACAUGAUUAUCGACGCCACCCGUGGCUCCAUCGCUCGUUUUGUGAACCAUGCCUGCGAGCCUAACUGUCGUAUGGAGAAGUGGACCGUGGCUGGAAAGCCACGGAUGGCCCUGUUUGCCGGUGACCGCGGUAUCAUGACAGGAGAAGAGUUGAGCUACGAUUACAAUUUCGAAACGUCCAGCAAUGCCGAUGUGGUUCAGAAAAAUGUCGUGGCAUUCUGGGCCCUCGGCCACGGGAGAAAGAGCAACGUGCAGAACUUAGAGCUGCAAAGCUAA